AUAAUCACUAUUUAUCAAGAUAUAGCUCCGAGAGAUUUUCAGUUAUGAACAUGAACAUGAACAUAAAAGUGCAAGAUUCCUGGAGCAUGCCACGGCGACCAAUCAGAAGAAGGCAUCAGAAAAGCCUAUCACGAUAAGUGGAUUCUGACCCAAAGCAUGUUAUCAGAAACAGAGCAGUGUUGGGGGUUUCAGAUAGGAGCAGCAAAGGAGCCGGCGAUGAUUGGCUGGAGAGGUCUCGCCGGAGAGCAGGUCCAGAGCAGGAGUCGGUCCGGAAUGUGCUGGAGGUUUGGUGGGCGACUUUGCAGCAGCUUCCUCACAGGCAGCAGAAAAGGGCCAGGAAAUGGCAAUGGAAAUGGGAGAGGGAAACCCAGUCCGCGUUGCGCAGGUGUAGCGGUGAACCUUAGAUAAGGACAACUCUAAAGCCUGCAUUAAAUGACCAAACCUUCAGCUGUUUUCGCCCA